GGCGGUAGCGCGCAGGCUUCCUGAGAAGGGAAGGUGGGUGGUAGCGCCCGGGAUGGGGGCGGCUGCGACGGUCACUUGAGCCGCUUCCCAUCCCCGCCGCGAAUGGAGUCUCCCUCCCUCAGGUGCAGCGCUGCGGGGAGCCAGGCGGCCCGCUGAGACGCGCCCACCCGGGAGCGGGGCCGUUGGUCUCCCGAGAGGUUCAGCAGCUGUAGCCAUGAAUAAUAAAGGCUUUCGACGAGGGAGUUUCCAGAGCAGCACCAGUGAUGAAGACAUGGUGGAGAUAGCAGGAGGAGCUCUGGAUUUCUCCAUCACAGAUGAUGAUCCCCCGCUGGAUAGAGAGAUGUUGGGAGGGUUCUCCUUAUACAAUGGAGGAGGGAUGAAUGGCACAAGCCAGAUGAUGGAUUUUCUGGAGGAACCUCUGCCUGGUGUGGGUACCUAUGAAGAUUUCAAUACUAUAGACUGGGUGAGAGAAAAGUCCAGAGACCGGGACAGGCACAGAGAGAUUGCUAGUAAAAGUAAAGAGUCAACAUGGGCCCUGAUUCACAGCGUGAGCGAUGCCUUCUCUGGUUGGCUGUUGAUGCUCCUCAUAGGGCUGUUAGCAGGUUCUCUAGCUGGUCUGAUAGACAUCUCUGCCCACUGGAUGACAGAUUUGAAAGAAGGGCUGUGUCUGUCAGGCUUCUGGUUUAACCAUGAACACUGCUGCUGGAACUCCAAUGAGACAACCUUUGAGGAUAGGGAUAAGUGCCCAGAGUGGGAGAGCUGGUCACAGCUUAUAAUUGGCCAUGGAGAGGGGGCAUUUGCAUACAUUCUCAAUUACUUCAUGUAUGUUCUCUGGGCCCUGGUAUUCUCUCUCCUUGCAGUGUUGCUGGUCCGGGGAUUUGCACCUUAUGCUUGUGGCUCAGGAAUCCCAGAGAUCAAAACGAUCUUGAGUGGUUUCAUCAUUAGAGGCUAUUUGGGCAAGUGGACCCUGAUAAUCAAAACUGUUACCUUGGUGUUGGCAGUAUCGUCUGGCUUGAGUUUGGGGAAAGAGGGCCCCUUGGUGCAUGUAGCUUGCUGUUGUGGAAACAUCUUGUGUCACCUUUUCACUAAAUACAGGAAAAAUGAGGCCAAGCGCAGAGAGGUUUUGUCAGCUGCUGCAGCCGCUGGCGUAUCCGUAGCUUUUGGUGCACCAAUUGGAGGGGUAUUGUUUAGUCUGGAAGAGGUGAGUUAUUAUUUUCCCCUCAAGACGCUGUGGAGAUCUUUCUUUGCCGCCCUGGUAGCAGCGUUCACCCUGCGCUCCAUCAACCCUUUUGGAAAUAGCCGCCUGGUUCUGUUUUACGUGGAGUUUCACACACCUUGGCAUCUUCUGGAGCUUGUGCCAUUCAUCCUUUUGGGAAUCUUUGGUGGUCUUUGGGGAUCUUUCUUUAUUCGCAGCAACAUUGCCUGGUGCAGAAGACGUAAGACAACCAAGCUUGGCAAGUAUCCUGUGCUGGAGGUGCUUGUUGUGACUGCCAUCACGGCUGUUCUGGCUUUCCCCAAUGAGUAUACCCGUAUGAGCACCAGUGAGCUGAUUUCUGAGCUGUUCAAUGACUGUGGGCUCCUGGAUUUCUCCAAGCUCUGCGAGUAUGUGAAUGACUUCAACAGCACCACAGGGGAUGAUCUGCCAGACCGAGCCGCUGGCCCAGGAGUCUACACAGCGAUGUGGCAGCUGGCUUUGGCCCUUAUCCUAAAAGUCUUCAUCACCAUAUUCACUUUUGGCAUGAAGGUCCCUUCGGGUCUCUUCAUUCCCAGCAUGGCGGUUGGUGCCAUAGUAGGCAGACUACUAGGUGUAGGAAUGGAGCAGCUGGCUUAUUAUCACCAUGACUGGACUAUCUUCAGUGGCUGGUGCAGUCAAGGGGCUGAUUGCAUCACUCCUGGCCUUUAUGCAAUGGUUGGUGCUGCAGCAUGUCUAGGUGGAGUAACCCGUAUGACUGUGUCGCUGGUGGUUAUUAUGUUUGAGCUUACCGGUGGACUAGAAUACAUUGUUCCUCUAAUGGCUGCCGCCAUGACUAGCAAGUGGGUGGCAGAUGCGAUUGGACGGGAGGGCAUCUAUGACGCCCAUAUUCGUCUCAAUGGCUACCCCUUCCUAGAAGCCAAAGAGGAGUUCUCGCACAAGACUCUCGCCAUGGACGUAAUGAAGCCACGCCGGAAUGACCCUGUUCUGACUGUCCUCACACAGGACAGCAUGACGGUAGAGGAUGUAGAGGCCAUAAUCAAUGAAACCACUUACAGCGGCUAUCCGGUGGUGGUGUCCCGGGAGUCCCAGAGGCUGGUUGGAUUUGUCCUCCGGCGAGAUCUCAUCAUUUCAAUUGAAAAUGCCCGGAAGAAGCAGGAUGGAAUUGUGAGCACUUCAGUUAUUUAUUUCACUGACCACUCUCCUCCGCUGCCUCCAAGCUCCCCGUCCAUGCUCAAACUCAGGAGUAUCCUGGACCUCAGUCCAUUCACAGUGACAGACCAAACGCCCAUGGAGAUAGUUGUGGAUAUAUUCCGCAAGCUGGGACUGCGCCAGUGCCUCGUCACUCACAAUGGGAAACUACUUGGGAUCAUUACCAAAAAGGAUGUAUUAAAGCACAUUGCACAGAUGGCUAAUCAAGACCCAGAUUCCAUACUCUUCAAUUAAAAACAGACUAAUAAGUAUUGGGUGUUUAACACAAAAAUGAAACUUUAUAAAAGACCGUGGAUUUUCUCUUCUAUUUUUAUUAAGAAACUGGAGCUAUCUUCAGAGUUUUCCUGUAUGGAGCUGAAGAUAAUCAUGUUUUUUCUACAAAAUAACCAAUUGCACUACAUAAUCUGUGGAAAUUAAUCUUCUCUUUAGAAGAAAAGACUUUAUUAUAAUGCUUUUGUGAAGUUGCAUUGGAAAGAUUCCAUGAAGGAGUAAAAGCAAAAUGCUACAGAAUUAAA